UUUCCCUCUUGAAAUUUCGCACGUGCUGGCGCCGCUCAAAAAGUGUGAUAUUUUAGUUAACGUUUUUAAAUUUGUGUUCAUCGCCAACGUAUUUUAUAUUGCAACUCCAAAAGCAGGUCUAAAGGAGUGGCCAGCACAGUUAGCAUGAAAGACACCGAGGUCAAAGACAACACCAAGGAGGAGGAGCCACAGAAGGACGCACCAGAGGAUCCAGCCAAUUCCAGCUCCGACGAGGAUGAGUACGACGACAUAGACGAUGACGAGGCCAUGGAUGAGGGCGAUGAGCCGACCACUUGUCUGUUUUGCACCGAAACAUCUCCGAAUAUAUCGACUGCCAUUGACCACCUGGGCGCACGACAUAAGGUUUAUCUCUCCCAGCUUCAGCGGAAAUUCCAAAUGGACCAGUAUUCCUUCAUCAAGCUUAUAAACUACGUAAGAGCCAACAAGAUCAGUGCCGAGCAGUUAAUCUCCGCGGAACAGCCGGUGUGGCAGGACGAGAAGUACCUCAAACCGGGCGAGUAUGAGCCCUGGCUGUGCUACGACUAUGAAGUCCUCAAGACAGACGCCACUCCGGCUCAAGCCACGGUGCCCGAGCUGCAGCAGCGGAUUGCAGAGCAGUCCCAAUUGCUGCAACAGGCCAACGAGGACAUGGAGCGCAUGCGCAACGACUACAAGCAGCUGCUGCAAAAGGUUCAUGGCGACGGCGAACCCAAGAGUUCCAGCAAUCCCGUGCCGCGGAACAACGCCAGCCUGGAUAAUGAGUACUUCAAAAGCUACUCCCACUUUGGCAUCCACCACGAAAUGCUGAGCGACAAGGUGCGGACCAGCACCUAUCGCGCUUCCCUGCUCCAAAACGAGGCCACUGUUCGGGGAAAGACGGUACUGGAUGUGGGCUGCGGCACGGGAAUCCUCUCAAUUUUCGCCUCCCAGGCUGGUGCGGCCCGCGUUGUCGGUAUAGACAACUCAGAAAUUGUUUACACGGCCAUGGACAUCAUCAGGAAAAACAAAGUUGAGAAUGUUCAGCUGAUUAAGGGACGUUUGGAGGACACCGAUCUGCCAGAGGCCAAGUACGACAUAAUAAUUUCCGAAUGGAUGGGCUAUUUCCUGCUGUACGAGUCCAUGCUGGACAGCAUUAUCUAUGCCCGCGAACAUCACCUUAACCCCAAUGGCAUAAUCCUACCCAGCCGCUGCACCCUUAGCCUCUUGGGCUAUGGAAACGACACGCUCUAUGCCGAGCAAGUGGAGUUCUGGUCCGACGUUUACGGAGUGGAUAUGAGCGAUCUGCGAAAGCGUUCCAUAGAGGAGCCACUCAUGGAGGUGGUGGACGCAGAGUUUAUGCUAACAGAUCCCGAACAAAUAGCCAACUUUGACAUAAUGACCGUCGAUCUGAACUAUCCCAACUUCAGUCAUCAGUUCAGCUUGAAGGUCACGAAAGCGGGGCGCUUGUCCGCCUUUGUGGGCUAUUUUGACACGCUCUUUGAACUGCCAUCCACCGUCACAUUCAGUACAUCACCAACUGCUACACCCACCCACUGGAAGCAGACGGUCUUCUUCAUUGAUCCGCCACAAAAUGUGAAAGAGGACGACGUCAUCAGCGGGAAAAUCACGUCGAGAAGACAUAAAGAGGAUGUCAGGGCACUCAGUGUGGAUAUAGAAGUGUUUGGUAAAAAACACAAGUACAUGGUAGUUUAAUCGAAUAUAAAUAAAUUACGAUGGACACUUUUAAGAUUUAAAA